AUGCCCUUCAUUACGUGUGACGGUCCUUUCAGCCGCCCCGUCUUCACGCAGGAGCCCCAGGACGUCACGUUCCCUUUGGCUUCGUCACAGUCGGAAGUCACCCUGAGCUGCGCCGCGAACGGUCACCCUCCACCCCAUUACAGGUGGAGGCAAAAUGGCACAGACCUGGAUUUCUCCUCGAGUUCGCACCACCGAUUGGACGGAGGCAACUUGGCGAUCAGCAGCCCGCGCUGGGACCAGGACAUGGGCACUUACCAGUGCCUGGCCACCAACCCACUGGGCACGGCUCUGAGUCGGAAGGCGAAGCUCCAGUUUGCAUAUAUUGAAGACUUUGAGACCAAAACGAGAAGCGCGGUGUCCGUCCGAGAAGGUCAAGGCGUGGUGCUCCUCUGCGGGCCACCACCACACUUUGGAGAUUUAUCUUACGCUUGGACCUUCAACGAUAACCCUUUGCACGUCCAGGAGGACAGCAGGCGGUUUGUUUCUCAAGAGACAGGCAACCUGUACAUCGCCAAAGUGGAGCCGUCCGAUGUGGGCAACUACACCUGCUUCGUAACAAACAGGGAAGCGCGGAGAAGCGUCCGAGGCCCACCCACGCCCCUGGUGCAGCGGCCUGAUGGUGUGAUGGGGGAAUAUGAACCAAAGAUCGAAGUGCGUUUUCCUGACACUAUACAAGCCACAAAGGAUUCGUCUGUAAAACUGGAAUGCUUUGCCCUUGGAAAGUAAGGUUGUUUUGUUUUGUUUCCUGGUGUUUUAAUUAAAAAAAAAAACAAAAAACUUUUUGUUAUUCAAACAUUGCUCUAAGGUAAAUUACCAAACAGAUUUCAAAUGCUGGGGGAAUGAGAAAGUUUCUGAUUGGAAUUUAAGCAAAAUGCCGAAUACUCUGAAAAUGAUGGGGCUGCAGCUCUCCCCUAAAUCGCUGUUAUUUCUGCCAGUCUGACCCACUUCGGCAGCAGCUGCAGGAGGGUAAGUGCGCGGGUGUGUCACCAAGCCCUCCACACACCCUGCCUGCAUCCUGUCCCACAUCCACAGUCCGUGGGGUCGCCCUGCGUAAUUAACCAGCGAUCAUUAUAAAUGAAAAGCCUGCACUGUGGUUCCCAAAAUAAGAUGAAUUAAGGGCCAUUGUUCACGGUGGACAAUUAGAUUGAGUCACACCUGCGGCAGUGGGGGCGCUUUGUGAGACUCAGAUACCCGUGUAUCAGCCAAUAGGACUGGGAUGCUCCUAAGGCGGCCAAAGACUUGCUGUUUUGCACAUAACAUUCGGACAUCUCUUUACCUUUGGGGGAUGGGCCAACUUCAUUUUUAUGCCUGUGGACACCAGUAGCCCCAGAACAAAGGGGUAAACAGGGUAGAUUCGCCGUUUCUAAACAUGAGUGUGCAAUACACCGGGGACGUGGUUAGAGUGAGAUGUUGUAGGCGUCGGUCCCACGUCUCUGUCCCCAGGAGCUCCCAGGCAGGGCCACUCUUGUCCACAGACCACACUGGACAGGCUCAGGCUCUCACCGGCCAAGUGGGGGCACCCUCUGAAUGCAAUUGUACUGCGGUCUAUAACUGCCUAUUUGAGAAGAGGGUGGGUAAUACACGCAGGAAACACAGCCGUCUAUUGCUAAGGUGGUCAGCACAUUUAGCAAUGGUGCUUACCAGUCCGAACUGCGGGAAACACCACUUAAAGUGCCCAUCUUGUUCUUGGGUAAAUACAGUGAGCAACCCACACAGGGCUGGUUAAUAAAGCUGUUAGGUUCCUUUCUAUAUGUGGAAUUCUGUAGAUAUUUAAAGUUUUCAGUCUAUGUGUUUUUCAUGUAUUUAAAAGAUUCUAUUUUAUUUUUCCUCAGUACUGAUCCCAUAGUAUUAGUCUAAUGAUUAAUUCUUGAUUGAUUAAUUUAAGGAGGGAAAAAUGGGGACUUCAUGUCAGUGUUUGUUUCCCUGCCUUUUAAGAUAUUAUGGACUUUGACCAUUUUCAAGCUUU